AUGUCGUCGUCGCCAGCGCCGGCAACUGGUCCCACCUCCGUCCUGCCCGCCUCAACCACAUCACCAGUCCCCCGGCCCGGCUUCAACCUCACAUCGACGCAGACCUCGACAUCCUCUGAAGACCACCAUGCCACCACGCAGACGUUUCCGCCAAUGACCACGUACUGGACCAAGCCCCAGAGCUGUACAUGGACCUAUGUCGCCGAUGACCCGUUACAGCAGGCCUCCUCAGGCGCCAUCGCUUGGCUUGACCUCGAGCCCAGGUCCGGCGCAAGCACCUUGUCGUGUUAUCCAGAUGGCAUGUUCUUCGACGGGCGCACGGGCGUCUUCAGCCCCGCGACCUGCCCCCAUGGCUGGACGACCGUCUCCCUUCGUGUCAACACGGACGAGGACGCCAUCCAGGCAACCACCACGGCCAUAUGCUGCUCCUCAUACUACUCUCUCGAUGGCUCACAUUGCAAGCGGUCUGUCCCAACCGUCCUUGCCGUGCCCAUCUCAUACAACCGCACCGCCAGCACUUACGAUAUCUUGACGAAUUCCACCACCACCCUCACAUCCGCAACCAUGGCCGUCAACACCAUUCGCGCACUCUUCAUGGAACAGGACAAGAAGCAGCUAGGCCUGACCAACGAUAACCAGAUUGGAGACGUGCCCGACCAACCGCGUCCGCUGACCGUGGGCGCUCGCGUCGGCAUCGCCCUAGGUGUGGCGGGCUUCGUGUCCAUAACGCUCGCCGCCAUCACGUACUGCAUUCUACGAAGGAAGCGGCGGCGCAGGAAGAGAGCCGCAAACCAGGGCCAGCACGAACUCACCUGCGUCCCCGACAUGUAUGGCCCAGGCGGCGUGCGACUGCCCGACGGAACCUUGGCGGAGCCACCGCCCGCAUAUGAGGCAUCCUUAGCUUCCUCGUCGACCAGCCCGGCGGACGGGGAAGGGGAGAGCACCGUGGCGCGGGACGAGGAAAUACGCGUCCUCGUCGCGCAAAAAGCGGCCAUCCAGCGCCGGCUCGAGGAGUUGGAGAGGGCCGACGCAGGCGACACGCGCCACCCCUGA